CUGGACGGAGUAAUGGAUAUCAUUCGGUCAAUGUUUACAUUCGCACUGCCAUUGCAAGAAUGGCUCAAAUCCUUUGGAAGUGUAUGCACAGAAGGUGAUUCCAAUAGCUAUUUACGGAAUUUGGAAACAACCAUUGUAGCUUUCAAUGUGGAUGUGCGGGACAAACUUGUAAUCACUUCCUCUCCACCCUCAGAGACAAAAGAACUCGUACUGAGAGUGAUUGAGAAAUUGCUGCGUCAAGGUGAGACUAACGUCUUAACCCUGGGAUUUGGAAUGAUGUCGGAUGACCCAGACGCUCAGGUUUCCUGUUUCACCAACAUAGAAUACAGACACCCUAACUCCAGUGUCAACUUACUACAUCAAGGGGUGUGGAAAAGGCUACAUCAGUGUAUAGGGGAUGUCUGGAUGAGGGCUCUGUUAGAAGAGACAGCCAUAUUUACAUUGUGUAGUGAAUCUUGCUAUAUCCAAGUUACAGGAAUUCCAAUAUUUGUCAAAGUAAAAUCUGCAGGUGGAAUUUUGGUGUCUAAUGGCAGUCUGGAAAAAUCAAAGAAAUCAAAAUUAGCACAUCAUGAACCCCAAGCUGAUGAGCAAACGAAGAGGAAACAGUGCAGAAAAAGAAAGAGGACUGAAGAUUCUGAACUUCCUAAACCAAAGAAAGUGAAAUUACAGGAAUAUGUCAAUCCAACAGAAAAGGGAAUUAAACAGAAAGAGCAGUCUCCCAGUUUUAACCCUUAUAAAUAUCAUUUGUACAUGUCUCAAUCCUACCUGUACUCAGCAGAUCACAGAGAAAAAUUCCCAGCAGCUCAUCCUCUGUCAAAUCCUGAUCCAUGUCUGUAUAAAGAGAUUUAUUCAGUGGAUGUUAGGGAUGAUCCUAAAGUAUCACUUCCUAACAAAGGGCAGACGGCCAUGACGCCUAUGGACAUUCCCCCUCUUCCAUCUUUAGAGGAACUGCUGGGAAGAAUGCAUGAUAAUCACAAAAGCUGUAGGUAUCUAGCUUUCCUGCACACCUGCUGUCCAGUUUCCUCAGCAAAAAAGAGAGUCCAGAAAACGGGGAGAAGAAACCGAAGCACCCCGACGCAUGUUCUCCUCCAAGACUAUGCUCCUCCUCAAAAAGUGUACAUCUUUUUGAGGAAAGUUUUCAUCACAGUUAUUCCUGAGAAGCUUCUUGGUUGUAAACAGAACAGGAACUGUUUCUUAAAAUCUGUUAAGAAAUUGAUAUACUUAGGGAGGUAUGAGAAAAUCUGCUUGGGGGAGAUCAUGAAAGGAAUAAAGACAAAGUCAGUAUCAUGGUUGCCCAAGGAUUCUCAACAUUGCUUGAAGCUUAAUUUGCUGUCUACUCUAGUGUAUUGGUUGAUGAAUACUUUCAUCAUAACUCUUAUUAAGGCUUUCUUUUACGUAACUGAAACAGCAGUGUACAGAAAUCAGCGGUUCUUCUACAGAAAGAAAGUAUGGUCCAAAUUACAUAAUAAUGGUAUACAAGAUUUGAAGAGGAGAGGAAUACUGUCUAGCAUUAAAAAGUCUGAAGUUAUAGCAGCAUUACAGAGAGGAGAUUGUCUAGGGGAGGCAACAAUAAGAUUUCUACCCAAACUGAGGUCACUUCGUCCUAUUGCAAAUUUAGGAAGACAACCACCAACCAUUGCAAAAUCUACUUUACCAAUUAACAAGCAACUUAUGAAUGUAUUGACUGUCUUAUCCUAUCUUACAUCGUGUGAUCCUUCCAGCCUAGGAUCUGCUGCAUUUGGGACAGAUGACAUUUUUUCUGCUUGGAAACACUAUGUUAUGGACUGGAAAAGGAAUCCCAAAAGGAAAUCAUUAUAUUUUGUCAAAAUGGACAUCAGUAGUUGCUUUGAUGGUAUUUCACAAGAAAAACUGCUAUGCAUUUUGGACAAUAUGCUUUCAAAGGCUCCAGAUGAAGAUGUAAUCAUCAGAAAAUUUGUGUCUCACUACGUGUCAGAUGGGAAAGUUGUGUGCAAGUUUAAGAAGAUUGCGUCCAGCUUUGGGGAAUAUAUUCCUGACUUUGAAAAAUUUGUCAAAAAAUUUGCAGAAGACAGUAAGCUCAGUAACAUGGUGUUUGUUAAUCAGAUGAUAAACCAACAGAUGCAUCUAGAAGAGACCUUUGAAAAGUUGAAGUGUCACAUACUGAACAAUAUUAUCAAGAUUGGGAGACAGUACUUUAAGCAGACAACAGGAAUCAGCCAGGGGUCUGUUCUCUCCACCUUACUUUGUAACCUCUAUUAUGGACACAUGGAGAGAACAUUUUUACCUCCACAGAAAGAAGAACUCUUAAUGAGAAUGGUGGAUGAUUCUUUAUUUGUCACACCCUCUAGGGAGAGGGCAGAGAUGUUUCUAUGUAAAAUGAUACAGGGAAACACUGAGUACAAUUUCUCAAUCAAUACAGACAAGGUCCUUGUCAACUUUGUGUACGAACAUGAAUCUUGUGGAAUUAUGAAAAGAAAUGUUGGAGAAUGGUUUCCAUGGUGUGGUUUGCUGUUAAACACUGCUACACUUGAAGUUGGCAAUGAUCUCACAAGAUACGAAGGAAUAAGAAUGAGAUAUACACUGACAGUUGAUGUUUCUUCAUCUCCAGGCCUUACAAUGAAAAGAAAAUUAUUGAUGUCCCUACGACCAAAAUGUCAUGCAAUUUUCCUUGAUACUGAGUUAAAUUCUCUGGAGGUUUGCCUGUCAAACAGCUACAGACUUUUGUUGCUGACUGCCUUUAAGUUCCAUUGCUAUGCUUCUUGUCUGCCAGAGAAACAAAGGGUCACUGAUAAUCCAGGCUUCUUCCAUGCCAUGAUCAAUGAUAUAGGUUCCUAUAUCUGUUCUCAGGCAGCACUGCAAUGUAAAAGAAAGUUUAGAGACAGUUUCAUUUUUGAUGUUCCUAAAAGAGUAAUGGAAUGGUUAUGUUGGUAUGCAUUUUUAAUGAAGAUGAAAUGUCACUCAUCAAGCUACAAGGAAUUGAUUCAAAUGAUAAAUAAGUCUUUGAAGCGUACAGAAAAAUUGCUUCAUGCAGAGGAUAAGCAUGCCUGUGUUGCUCUCAGAAGAUUGUGUGGACAAAUUCCUGUGGAGUUGAAGAUAUUUGGGAAUUAAAUUUUGAGACAUUUUAAUGACUUUGAUGGUCAAUCCUAGUAUUGCUCUAUAUUUACUGAUCAAUCCUUUUACACGGAAGUCUGCAUGUGUGGUAUUGAACUAUAUUCAUUAGUCAAUCUUUUUACAUGGAAGACUGUAUGUGUGGUAUUGCACUAUUUUCACUGGUCAGUCCUUUUACAUGGAAGACAUAAUGUGUGGCGUUGAACUAUAUCCAUUAGUCAAUCCUUUUACAUGGAAAGACAACGUGUGGAAAUGCACUAUAUUCAUUGGCCAAUCCUUUUACAUGGAAGUCUGAAUGAGUGGUAUUGCACUAUAUUCACUGGUCAAUUCUUUUAUACUGAAUACUGCAUGUGUGCAGGUAUUGCAUUUUAUUUUUAAAGAACAAUGAUGAUUAUUUUCUGUUCUAGGUACACCCAUUGGUAUUGUACUUGUUUUGAAUAUUAUCGCAUUAACAAAUUGUUAAUUUAUGGACAAGGGAAAAAAACAUUGACCAAGUACACAUUAUAAAAAAAUAUUAAUAAUACCAAAAUAUAUGUAAGUAUUCUUGAUUAUA